AUGAUUCUACAGCAAACGCUGAAGCACAUAGCAAUAGGAUUUAUCGCGCUGGCUUACUUCCAAAGAGCUGCCUGUGCAGACUUGCUAGAAGACCUACAAAACAUAAAAAAGUAUUUGAACAAUAAGAAAGAUUGCAUAGAAAUAGGUAUAGAAAUCCGCAGUGAUUUUAUUGACAGACUAAAAGCUUCUUGUACGGACAACAAGCUACUAUAUGAUUUUUUUAACAAUGGUAUAAAGGAGGGAAAAGAAAAGCUGGAAAAGGUCCAAGAAGCAUCAGAUGCUCUUUAUGACGGUAUACAACCCAUGGUGGGAGAAAUAGAAAAUCUGGAUGAGUUAAAAUAUAGCAGUAAGUUUAGCGAGAAAGUAAAAGGUUUACACAAACAGAUGAUGGAGGAUUCCCUUCCAGUAGGGCUUGAUAUGAGCAAUUCAGUGAGCAAGUGCAUGCAAAAAUUCGAUUCUCACAUGCUUGAGCUAAUAAGUCAAUACAAUGAAGUAUUUAAUGGCAAAAGAAGAGUAGAAGAUCUAGCACUGUUUAAGCUGGCAAAGAAGAACAAGCCGCUGGCUGCUAGCAUAAUAUACUCUCUUUUCAGAACAAAGCCAUAUGAAACAGAUAAAGAGCUGAAAGACGCACUGGAUUAUAUAUAUACAAAAAUGGAAAAUCAUGUUUUUUCAUCAAAUCUAAAAAGCUACAGUGAAGCUAUAAAGAGAGAUGCAGAGAAGAAUAAACUGGAUGUACUGAAAUUCGCAGAUAGACACCUCCACAUACUAUUUCAUACAUCUGGGGGCAGCGCAGAUGAAGUGGCAAUCUAUCUUGAUCUGAUAAACAAGAAGCUUUCUAGCGAAGAAGUAUGGAAGUAUAUAAGAACAAUAAUACCUGCACAAGUUAUAAAAAUAAUAAUGAUGGAGUACGAAAUUAACAUGAACGGAGGCCUGAUGGACUAUAAAAAGAACCUUUUAUUUUCAAAUCUUGGAAGGAUAAUACAUAUUGUAGCCAAAGACAGUGAAGUAACCAAAAAAAUGCCAGGAAAAACACAGAGCGACAUUCUUGAUCUUCUGACUCUUCUGUGGAGUAAAUACGGAGUGGAAGAAGCAAGAAUGCAACAUGCCAGAAGUGAUAUGGAAUUGCUAAAACACUAUAACAUCAAAGAAGAUGACUUUUUAAGCAUGCAGCGCGGUUUUAUGUCUACCAGCUGGAUGUUUGACAUUUCUGGAUCAGCACAGCACAAUGUGCAUGAUGAUAAGAAUAAAGUUGAAAAGCUCUUUGACAUCUGCUACACCCACCCUAUGCUGUAUCUAUACAAACGAUGCGAGAGUAUAAGCAAAGAGGCUAAGAAAAAAAAGCAGUCCAAUGAAAAACCUUUUAUGGAAGAAGAUUCAAAUGGUAUUUCUAUGCUUAGACUGUACAAAAUAAGUAGUAAAGACAGUGAUGAGGUAUGGGUGCAGAAUAUAAAAAGCUGCAUCAAGGCAUGGUUUUCACAGUACACCAAAAUUAUCUACAAAAGAGAAGACGGCCAAGACUAUGAGAUAGUAGCUAAUAGCUUUGUCAUUUAUUUGGAAAAGUCAGUGUAUUUUGCAAGAGGGCGUGCAGUUACUAGCCCUGAGUAA